AUGGCCAGCAAUAUCAGAACGGUAGUUGCAACGGGUGCAACAUCAGGUCUGGGGUUCGAAGCAAUCAAGCAGCUCCUAGCAGAGAGUCAGUCGUACCGCCUCAUUCUCGGAGCUCGUGACCUCAAGAGAGCAGAGAAAGAGUUCAGCGACUUGCAUUACGACAGGCAGAAGCACAGCUUGGUUUUUCUUCCACUUCAGCUCAAUGAUCUCCGGACUGUUAGGACAUUUGCGACAGAGACUCUCGAAAAGCUCGGAUCGUCUAAGAUUGAUCUUUUGUUGCUGAACGCCGGAAUCAACAAACCGGCAGAUGAGCCGGGCAUCAAUGGCUCAAAGUGGUGCGAAUCGUACAUUGUCAAUUCUCUGUCUCAGCAUUAUUUGACACAUCUGCUUCGCGAGCGUCUUGCGGGUCGUGUCGUCAUUGUAUCCUCUGGGGCAAUUCGAGGCGUGUCCGAUUCAGCCCGUGUGGAGCAGCUGGAAAAGGAAUUGACCGCUAAUUCUGGCACUCAAUUUCAGCGAACCUACGAGGAUAGCAAAUUCACCCAGUUGCUCACAGCGCAUUGGUGGCGUCGCGAGCUCGAAGGUCAAGCGCAAGUCGUCGCUGUUUCUCCAGGGCUAAUUCCGGAUACGAACCUGGCCCGACACGCUAUGGAGAGGAUGAAUUUUAAGUUCCCAGACUCUAUCAUGAAGGACGCCAGAAGCAUUACGGAAGGAGCCCAAUCGAUUCUGGCGGCAUACACAAGGCAAGACACCCCGCAGGAUCCGGCGCAGAUUUUCUUGACAAGCUGGGGGGAAUGGUGGCCUUUGGACGUUCUUGCAACAUCGCUAGACACGGUGCUUCAAGAUAAAUGGUGUCCUUCUUUGACGCAAAUUGAGAAGGAGGAGGUUGUGGAGUAG